AUGGCCCCUCCGCCAGCAGCGAGUGGGCCCUCCCGCCCCUCAACACGCGCAGCUGCCGCCGGCAGCGGUGCUCCCAAGCGCGCUCCCGUAAAGCCCGCCACUCGCGCCGUCAGCGGUUCAGCGGCACCUGCUGCUCCAAAGCCCAAGGCCCCCGCCGCUCCGUCCCAGACUGCUGCGGCAGCCGCGGCCGCGAGGAAGGGCAAGCAGCCUCUCCGACCCACUGUCCAGGUCCCUUCAAAGACUGCUGUCCAGUCCAACUUGCAGGAAGGCGAGGAGCAGUGGGCCGAGCUCAUGAAGCGCACGCACACGGACAAGGGCGCCGACUGGUACGCGCGCGGUGUCAAGACUGUCGAGGACAAGUGGGAGCUCCUUCCUGCCUUUCUCAAGGUCAAGGGUCUUGUCAAGCAGCACCUCGACUCGUUCAACUACUUUGUGCACACGGACAUCAAAGCCAUCCUCCACGCAAACUCGUUGGUCGUGUCGGAUGCCAACCCCCGGUACUACAUCCGCUACACUGACAUUCGCAUCGGUCGCCCCUUGCGCAAAGAGGUCGGCGCAGUCAACCAGCGUCUGACACCGAUGGAGUGUCGUCUGACCGACAACACGUACUCGGGAGGCAUCUAUGUCGACAUUGAGUACACGCACGAGGACAAGAUUCGUAAGCAGCAGGGUAUCCACAUUGGUUCCCUGCCCAUCAUGCUGCGGUCCGACCUGUGUCACCUGGCCAACAAGAACCAAGCCGAGCUUGCGCGCAUGGGCGAGUGCCCGCUCGACCCGGGAGGCUACUUUGUGGUCAAGGGUACCGAAAAGGUCAUUCUCGUCCAGGAGCAGCUGUCCAAGAACCGUAUCAUUGUCAUGACCGACCCCAAAAAGGACGUCGUCACCGCCGAAGUCACUUCGUCCACCCACGACCGUGUUGUCAAGACGUACGUGACCACCAAGACUGGCCGCAUCUACCUUCGCCACAACUCGUUCAAGGAGGUGAUCCCCAUCGUCAUUGCCCUCAAGGCCAUGGGCAUCACCUCGGACAAGGAGAUCCUCCAGCUCACCUGUGGUCCCGACGAGCGCUUCCAGGAGGCUCUCGGCGUCUCGCUCGAGGAGGCUACCAGGCUAAAGAUCUUUACUCGUCGCCAGGCCCUCGAGUGGAUUGGUGCCCGCGUGUCGCCCAACCAGGAGAAGGAGGACCGUACCCUCGGCCACAAGCUCACUCCCAUCGACAUUGCCAUGCAGGCUCUUGCUGCCAUGGUUCUCGGUCACGUUCCCGUUCGCGACAUGAACUUUAGGCCCAAGUCGAUCUACCUCGCCACCAUGACCCGCCGUGUCCUGGCGGCCAUGGUCGACGAGCACAUGGUCGACGACCGCGACUAUGUCGGUAACAAGCGUCUUGAGCUUGCCGGUCAGCUUCUCUCGUUACUCUUCGAAGACUCGUUCAAGACCUUCAACACCGACCUGAAGAAGCGCAUGGACAAGAUUCUCGAGAAGAAGUCGCGCGCUGGUCCCUUUGAUGCCUCGGCGCUCGUCCGUACCGGUGGCAGCGACAUUAUCACCUCGGCGUUCGUCCGCUCCAUCUCGACUGGUAACUGGUCGCUCAAGCGUUUCCACGUUGAGCGUGCCGGUGUGACGCACGUCCUGUCGCGUCUCUCUUUCAUCGCCGCUCUCGGUAUGAUGACGCGUAUCACCUCGCAGUUCGAAAAGACACGAAAGGUCUCGGGUCCUCGUGCGCUCCAGCCGUCGCAGUGGGGUAUGCUCUGCCCCUCCGAUACGCCCGAAGGUGAGGCGUGUGGUCUGGUCAAGAACCUCGCCCUUAUGACCCAUAUCACCACCGAUGUCCCAGAGGAGCCCCUUGUCACCAUGGCGUACAUGCUCGGUGUCGAGGACAUUUCCAACCUGACCGGUAACGAGCUGUACCGCCCCGGUGUGUACAUUGUCCAGGUCAACGGUUCGCUCGUGGGUGUCACUGCUCUCCCCAGGCGCUUUGUCCAGACGUUCCGCAAGCUCCGUCGUUCCGGCCGUACCUCCGAGUUUGUUUCCAUCUACAUGAACCACCACCAGCGCGUCAUCUACAUUGCCUCGGAUGGUGGACGUAUCUGUCGUCCGAUGAUCAUUGUCGAGAAUGGCCGCCCGCGCGUCACCUCGGAGCACAUGCGUCUCCUCAAGGCCGGCAAGGUCACGUUCGACCACUUCCUCCGCUCGGGUCUGGUCGAGUACCUCGAUGUCAACGAGGAGAAUGACUCGUUCAUCGCGUGUUACGAGUCGGAGAUUGUCGACGACACCACCCACCUCGAGAUUGAGCCCUUCACCAUCCUCGGUGCCGUCGCCGGUCUUAUCCCGUACCCUCACCACAACCAGUCGCCCCGUAACACUUAUCAGUGUGCAAUGGGCAAGCAGGCUAUUGGCGCCAUUGCGUACAACCAGCUCAACCGUAUCGACACCCUCCUGUACCUCAUGACGUACCCGCAGCAGCCCAUGGUCAAGACCAAGACCAUCGAGCUUGUCGGCUACGACAAGCUGCCCGCCGGUCAGAACGCCACUGUCGCUGUCAUGUCGUACUCUGGUUACGAUAUCGAGGACGCGCUCAUUGUCAACCGCGCCUCGGCUGACCGCGGUUUCGGUCGUUGCCACGUCUUGAAGAAGCAGACCAUCCCCCUCCGCUCCUUCCCGAACGGAACGGCAGAGCGCUUGGCCAUGCUGCCCCCAGACCAGCGCCCCGAAAGCCACUCGUGGCUCGACCAGGACGGUCUGGUUGCCCCCGGCGCUGUCGUCGGCCAGGGCGACCUCAUCGCCGCCCGCGAGACGCCCAUGGACACGCGCGGUCCCGGCCCCACCGUCGGCUUCAAGCCCUCCCCCGUCGUCCACAAGCUCCCCGAGCCGGCCAACAUUGACAAGGUCAUGGUCACCGACACGGAAGACGGAAACCAGCUCAUCAAGGUGCUCACCCGCCAGACCCGUCGUCCCGAGCUCGGAGACAAGUUUUCGUCGCGUCACGGUCAAAAGGGUGUUUGCGGUCUCAUUGUGCCGCAGCAGGACAUGCCGUUCAACGACCAGGGUAUCUGUCCCGACAUUAUCAUGAACCCACACGGUUUCCCCUCUCGUAUGACGGUCGGCAAGAUGAUCGAGCUGCUGUCCGGCAAGGCCGGCGUCGUGUCCGGAAAGCUCCAGUACGGCACGGCGUUUGGCGGAUCCAAGGUUGUGGACAUGAGCCAGAUCCUUAUCGACAAUGGCUUUUCGUACGCCGGAAAGGACAUGCUCCAGAGCGGUAUCACGGGCGAGCCCCUCGAGGCAUACGUCUACUUUGGUCCCAUCUACUACCAGAAGCUCAAGCACAUGGUCAUGGACAAGAUGCACGCGCGUCCCACCGGUCCCAAGGCCAACCUCACGCGUCAGCCCACAGAGGGUCGUUCCAAGGACGGUGGUCUGCGUCUCGGAGAAAUGGAGCGUGACUGUCUUAUCGGAUACGGCGCCACCCAGCUUUUGCUGGAACGUCUCAUGAUCUCGUCGGACGCGUUCGACGCGCAGGUCUGCGAGACCUGCGGCAUGCUCGCGUACUCGGGCUGGUGCAAGGGCUGCGCGUCCAGCAAGGCCGUCGUCAAGAUCACCAUGCCGUACGCGGCCAAGCUCCUCAUCCAGGAGCUCGUGGGAAUGAACAUUCUCCCCAGGCUGAUGAUGGAGGACACGGUCUAA